ACUUGGAUUCUUUUUGUUGACCUUAAAUUUUCAUUAAAGUUGGGUUUCCAGAGCAACCAUUAAAGAAAUAGAAUUAACGAAACAGUGACACUUUCCUUGAGAAACUAACACUUUCAAUGGUUUAACUAGUGGACCAAUUUCCCACUGGCAGAACUCUUUCACGAAAAAGUUUCCCAACUUCCCUUUUGAAAGAAUUCGUUUAAGACGUGAAAUGGAAGAGAUUUUGUUCACCACCUUGUCUUCACGCUUUCACAUUACAGUUGAUUCAGUGGCAAAAUCAAAACCUGUUGAAUAAAGGAUACAAAAAUGUGGAGUUGGAAAGAUAGAACCCAAUUCUCAAAUUGGACCAUCAAACCAAUGUUGACAAGAACACAACAUUUCCGUUCGCAAGCAUCGCUUGAAUUCCAGAAAAAUAGAGGAUUUUGCUUCCAAGACUGCGUCUUCCUCUUGCAGCACCUGAGGGACCACAAAGACGUAAACUGUGGCAGAAUUCUUCACUCUCUUGUAGUUAAAAGUGCCCUCUUCAUGGAUGUCUUUAUACAAAACAAUAUGAUCAGAUUUUAUGGAGAUAUUGGAGAAGUUCAUAAUGCACGUAAGUUGUUUGAUGAAAUUCCUCAGCCGAGUUUGGUUUCUUGGACAAGCUUGGUCUCUUGUUAUGUUCACGCGGGGCAACAUGAAAUGGGCCUGAGCUUGUUUCGUGGCUUGUGUCGAUCUGGGGUGCGCCCCAAUGAAUUUGGUUUCUCUGUGGCACUCAAGGCUUGCAAGGAGAUGUGUGAUGCUGUGAUGGGAAAGCUCAUUCAUGGGUUGGUUAUCAAAAGUGGCUUUGAUUCGCAUAGGUUUUGCAGUGCUUUGAUUCUUCACAUGUAUGCUGAUUGUGGGGAUAUUAAGAAUUCGAGGAAGGUUUUUGAUGGGGUUUGUUAUGGUGAAAGGUGUGAGGCACUGUGGAAUACUUUGCUGAAUGCUUAUGUGAAGGUGUCUGAUGUGGAGGGUUCUCUAAAGCUGUUUCAUGAGAUGGGGCACUCUUCUGUGUCGCGGAACCACUUUACUUACACAACCAUUGUUAAACUCUGUGCCGAUGUUUUGGAUGUUGAACUUGGAAGGUCUCUUCAUGGCCAGAUUGUGAAGAUUGGGAUUGAAAACGAUGUUGUCGUGGGUGGAACUCUUAUUGACUGCUAUGUUAAACUGCAAUUAUUAGAUGAAGCUCGUAAAAUAUUUCAAGUUCUCGAUGAAAAGGAUAACGUGGCAGUAUGUGCUUUACUUGCUGGGUUUAAUCAAGUCGGAAAAUGUAAGGAAGGACUUGCAUUAUAUGUUGAUUUUCUUUCUGGAGGUAACAAACCAGACCCAUUUACUUGCGCUAGUGCUGUCAGUUUGUGCUCAAAUUUGGAGACACAGCUUUCUGGUAGUCAAAUUCACUGUGGUGUCAUCAAACUUGGCUUCAUGUUGGAUUCAUAUCUUGGCAGUGCAUUUAUCAACAUGUAUGGAAAUUUUGGGAUGGUGUCUGACGCUUAUAGAUGUUUUCUUGAAGUUUGCAAUAAAAAUGAAAUAUGUGUAAAUGCCAUGAUGAACACUUUAAUUUUCAACUCAUAUGAUUUAAAAGCUAUAGAGCUGUUUUGUGGGAUGAGGGAAGUUGGUAUUGCACAAAACAGUUCUUCAAUCAGUUAUGUUCUGCGAGCUUGUGGGAACCUUUUUAUGCUUAAAGACGGACGGUCUUUUCAUUCUCUAGUGAUUAAAAUUCCUUUUGAAGAUGACUGUAGAUUGGGCUUAGAAAAUGCUCUUCUUGAGAUGUAUAUUAGAUGUAGAGCUAUUAAUGAUGCAAAAUUGGUUUUCAAAAACAUGCCGAUACGAAAUGAGUUUUCCUGGACUACUAUCAUAUCUGGAUGUGGUGAAUCAGGGCACUUCGUAGAAGCCCUGGGGAUCUUCUGCGAUAUGCUUCUAUAUUCAAAACCUAGUCAGUUCACAUUAGUUAGUGUUAUUCAGACUUGCACAGAAAUAAAGGCAAUACAUGUAGGAAAACAAGUCCAAUCCUAUAUCAUGAAAGUAGGAUUUGAAUAUCAUCCGUUUGUGGGAAGUGCCCUGAUUAAUCUGUAUGCAGUAUUUAAACAUGAAACUUUGAGCGCUUUACAGGUCUUCUUGUCCAUGAAAGAGAAAGAUCUUAUCUCUUGGAGUGCCAUGUUAACGGCAUGGGUUCAAAAUGGUUAUCAUGAAGAAGCACUUAAGCAUUUUGCAGAAUUCCAAACUGUUCCCAUUUUUCAGGUUGACGAGUCUAUCUUAUCCAGCUGUAUUUCAGCUGCUGCUGGCUUAGCAGCAUUGGACAUAGGCAAAUGUUUCCAUUCCUGGGUUAUCAAAGUUGGCCUCGAGGUUGAUUUUCAUGUGGCUUCUUCCAUUACUGACAUGUAUAGUAAAUGUGGAAACAUCAAGGAUGCCUGCAAGUUUUUCAAUACUAUCAGUGACCAUAAUUUAGUAACCUUGACGGCUAUGAUAUAUGGUUAUGCUUAUCACGGGUUUGGUAGAGAAGCUAUUGACCUGUUUAACCGAGCUAAAGAAGCUGGGUUGGAACCUGAUGGUGUCACCUUCACUGGUGUUUUAGCUGCUUGUAGUCACGCUGGACUGGUGGAGGAAGGUUGUGAAUAUUUUAGGUACAUGAGAAGUAAAUACAACAGUGAAUUAACUAUAAAUCAUUAUGCCUGCAUGGUUGAUCUUCUUGGUCGGGCAGCAAAAUUGGAAGAAGCAGAGGCUGUGAUAAAAGAAGCUCCAUUUCAGUCAAAAUCUCUUUUGUGGAAGACAUUCCUAGGUGCUUGCACUAAACAUGAGAAUGCUGAAAUAGCUAAAAGAAUAUCAAACAUCCUUGCUGAUCUAGAACUGAAUGAACCCUCAACCUAUGUUCUACUAUCUAACAUUUACGCAUCAGCAUCAAUGUGGAAAAAUUGCGUAGAGUUGAGAAACAAAAUGGUAGAAGGGAGUAUUACUAAGCAACCUGGUAGUAGUUGGAUUCAGUUGGCAGGUUAAAAUUCUCUGCAUCUCAAUAAAUAUGAAAAUCAUAUUUAUCUGUUGAUUGCAAAAUUACUUAGCUUCAAGCCUUAAGUAUCAUGUACAGUGCUCCAUGGCAACAUUGAUCUUUUGAACCAUUGCUUUUCGAUAAUAUUACCAAGAAUUUCAGCACAGCUGAACCCACCAAUUCUGCCAUUAUUUACAGAAUGGAAUUUGGGAGAAGCUACAUUCACUGUGUAUAGAAGGGGGAUUGUAGCCUUUCAUUCUCCCAACUCACAAAUAGUAUGAAUGUUAUGGGAAUGGAUUAAGAGAUCAGAUGAACUUAUAUGGAUUAAGAGAUCAGAUGAACCUAUAGGGAUUAAGAGAUCACACGAACUUAUAUUCUGAACUGUGAGUAGUUUGAAUUUCUUCACCAUUUAUUGUAAUCAGAACUAUAAGAAGAAUUACCAUGUUUUUUUCCAAGGCCCUUUGUUUAAUUUGUUUUGAAAAUUCCUGCAUAUGAUAGUCUUAGAUUAUCAGUAAGCCCUUACAUUGGGGUCUUAAUUUCAUCAGUAAUAUGA